AUGGGUGCCGAGGAGGAUAGAAUCCGAAAGAUCGAAGCGGGAAGAAAGAGGCUGGAAAAAUUCAGACAAGCCAAGUCGAACGGCCCGAAUGAGGAUCACAAGUCUAAGCCCCUUCCCUCUCCAUUCGAUGCUCCAAGGCUUGAACUCUCAGAAGAUCAAAGUAAUGCAAUCUCUCACGUGACGCACAGUCAAGGGUCGACUAGUCUGAGUGACGUGUCUGGGCGAGGAAAGCAUGCCCAGCUGCAGGUCGCUCGAGAAACGAAUUCGAUUCCGGAGCCUGAGGAUCGAAUGGAAGCUCCUGCAGCACACGAUGCCGUUCCUUAUGUUGCAGAUGGUGUAGUUUUUACGUCUUAUCCGUCGACGUCCUUGAGGACAUCUCGCACGCAGUACAGCAUCGUGCGGGAAGAGGGAAUGCGUGUCGAUGCGAUGAUGGGCGAGGCGGAUGGCGAAGAUGAAAAAACGAUCAUGAUCCAAAGCCUUCGCGCGAUGGUGGAUGGGCUGAAACGACAGAUUGCAUUCGAUGUUGAGGCCAACUACGAUCGUGUAGUUUCGCAAGUUCAAGGCACGCUUGAUAUACAGCCGACUCUUGAAAUCUCAAAUGUCCAAGCUCAUAUGCUUCAAAAUUUAGGAGACCAUAGGUCAAUAUUCUUGGAACAAUCAAACGAAGCUCUUUUGAUGGAAAAAAACGCGCUGAUUGAUGAUUUGAAUUCAAAACUAUCACAGAACAUGGAAAGAAAUGCUGACCUCGAAAGGAGAUUGGAAGAAAUGCAGCGUCACAUUGAUCAGAAGCAUCAAGAGACCACUUUAAUCAAGAAGCAGUUGAAGGCGUUGGAGUCCAGACCUGGAGAAGACCUUCAGAAACGGAUUUUAGAAUUACAAAAUGAAGUUCAAUCGAUGGUAGAACGAGACCAAGAGGCCUGCCAUGCUAUCGAGGAUUUAGAAAUUGCAAAGAGGGAGAUCGAAAAUCUGAGGAGGGCCCAGGAAGUUGCAAAUACAGCAAUUCACAGGAUGCAAAGCGAACUCCUUCAGAGGAGCUUGAAAUCUGAUCUUAACACCGUGGAGCGUGGAUCUGAUGCGACAGAACUCGAAGAGCUGCGUAUCAAGUUGAGAGAUUAUGAAUCGCUGAAGCUUUCUAAGGACUCUUUGGAAAGACGUCUUCAACAUAUUGUGACUCAGGAAGACCUACUUUCCCAGCUCAUUGCUCAGAUCGAUGCAGAAUUGGCCAAGGUGCAUGAGAUUGUUUACCAGACUGAUAGUGCAAUGCUAUCUAAACACGCUUCUUGGAACGGGGCAGUGGAAAACUUUCUGUUUUUAAUUCGAAGCUGUCAAGAAGACCUGUCCUUCAUUUUCAGUCACGACACGUUUUUCACAUCUGGUGCCGCAGAGAAGCUUUUGAGUGGUCGAAUUGAACCAUACAAGUGCCUUACUGACUCAGCAAAUAUUGCAAGAAUUAUUCUGGACUGCAAGCAGUUCAAUUCUUCAAUGACAAAACAAUUUCUAUGUGCCAUUGAAGGGUUGGAGUCAGACAUUGAUGAUAUACGGUCUUGUGCCAUCCUACCCAACAAAUCGGGUCUGCAAUGUUGGCCAGACGCAAACGACUUCAAAGCGGAAUAUAGCGAAUUAAGGGAAUGCUAUUCUAAGGAACCUAAGGAAUGUUUGUCACAGGAUAUAGGCAUGAUCAUGAGGCAACUUAAGGAUGAGAUGAAGGCUCAAAUUUAUAUGAUACUGAAGCAAGUUUGUGAAAUAUCAAGAUGCAUUGACGUGUUAGCAGAAGAAAACUCGCUUCGAAAUUUGCGCAUUCUGGAGAUGGGCACUUGUCACCUUGACUUUGCGACUAAAUGCGCAGAAGUUGAUGAGCAGAUUGGAGACAUUCACAAGAAUAUUGGACAGAUUGAAAAUUGUAUCCAUGUAUUGAAAAGGCCGUUGGACCAUGUUGCUGAAGGCACUGAAGAUGCAAAGUUCCACAUCGAUUUUCUGAAUUCAAACAAUCGAGAUCUUGUCACAAGCUGUGAUUCCACAAAGCGCCCUCAGCAAUACUUUCUCAGUGCAACUAUCAUGGAACAAUUCAAGUCCAUUAUAUCUCACUGCAAUGAUGCGUUUGCGGAUCUUAACCAAAACGAGCUAUGUUUCCGCGAGCUCAUGGACGAGCGAGACAGGCUCCGGGAGGCAGCGCUCCAGCACGAGGAGAGCCUGAAGGAGUUUGAGCUGCUGCGUCACGAGAGCGGCUUGCUCCAGGACCAAGUCAAGGAGCUUGAGAAGAUGCUUGAUGAGAAGCAAGGAGAGGCCAGCAAGCUGCAGGAAGCGUACGGGGCGAUGAGAGAAGCACAAAGCCGUGCAGAGGAGGCCAAGAAGGAGGCAGAGGGGGCACGGGCAGAGCUGCAGGAGGCUCAGGCACAAGCGGAGGGAGCCAAGAAGGAGGCAGAGGGGGCACGGGCAGAGCUGCAGGAGGCUCAGGCACAAGCGGAGGGGGCCAAGAAGGAGGCAGAGGCCUUGUCGGCUGCUAGGACAGCAUUGAUCGAGCAGGCUCAGGCACUUGAGAGCAAGAUCAAGGAGCUUGAGAUCGAGAAGGAUGUGGAACUUAGAAAGGUCGUGGACGAGCGAGACAGGCUCCGGGAGACAGCGCUCCAGCACGAGGAGAGCCUGAAGGAGUUUGAGCUGCUGCGUCACGAGAGCGGCUUGCUCCAGGACCAAGUCAAGGAGCUUGAGAAGAUGCUUGAUGAGAAGCAAGGAGAGGCCAGCAAGCUGCAGGAAGCGUACGGGGCGAUGAGAGAAGCACAAAGCCGUGCAGAGGAGGCCAAGAAGGAGGCAGAGGGGGCACGGGCAGAGCUACAGGAGGCUCAGGUACAAGCGGAGGGGGCCAAGAAGGAGGCAGAGGCCUUGUCGGCUGCUAGGACAGCAUUGAUCGAGCAGGCUCAGGCACUUGAGAGCAAGAUCAAGGAGCUUGAGAUCGAGAAGGAUGUGGAACUUAGAAAGGUCGUGGACGAGCGAGACAGGCUCCGGGAGACAGCGCUCCAGCACGAGGAGAGCCUGAAGGAGUUUGAGCUGCUGGGUCACGAGAGCGGCUUGCUCCAGGACCAAGUCAAGGAGCUUGAGAAGAUGCUUGAUGAGAAGCAAGGAGAGGCCAGCAAGCUGCAGGAAGCGUACGGGGCGAUGAGAGAAGCACAAAGCCGUGCAGAGGAGGCCAAGAAGGAGGCAGAGGCCUUGUCGGCUGCUAGGACAGCAUUGAUCGAGCAGGCUCAGGCACUUGAGAGCAAGAUCAAGGAGCUUGAGAUCGAGAAGGAUGUGGAGCAUGCUGUACAAGCCGAAAGGAUGCGAGAGCUCAUGGAGGUACUAGAAGAGGCCAAAGGAGCUUUAGGUGAGAGUGAGCUAUGUCUCCGUGAUCUCGUGGACGAGCGAGACAGGCUCCGGGAGACAGCGCUCCAGCACGAGGAGAGCCUGAAGGAGUUUGAGCUGCUGCGUCACGAGAGCGGCUUGCUCCAGGACCAAGUCAAGGAGCUUGAGAAGAUGCUUGAUGAGAAGCAAGGAGAGGCCAGCAAGCUGCAGGAAGCGUACGGGGCGAUGAGAGAAGCACAAAGCCGUGCAGAGGAGGCCAAGAAGGAGGCAGAGGGGGCACGGGCAGAGCUGCAGGAGGCUCAGGUACAAGCGGAGGGGGCCAAGAAGGAGGCAGAGGGGGCACGGGCAGAGCUGCAGGAGGCUCAGGCACAAGCGAAGGAAGCCAGAAGGCAGGCAGAGGGGGCACGGGCAGAGCUACAAGAGGCUCAGGCACAAGCGGAGAAAGCGGCGCAAAGUCUUGAUACCUUGCUUGAGGACUUUCAGCUACAACAAAGAAGAAUGCAGAAAAAGUUGUUCGAUGCUCAGUCAACCUCUAUUGAGAUAUCUUCUCGUUUCUCUGAUGCAAGGAUAAAAGAAUUGUUGCUACAUGUCACAGAGGCACAGGAACUUCUCGACUCAACAGUUUCAGAUUGCCUGCUGGAAUCCGACGAGAAGGCGAGGAUCAAAUUCUUGGAGGAUGAAAUCUUUGCUUUGAGAUCUGCCUGCAAGUGCAUGUUCACGCACAACGUUGAACAAGGCGCCCGGGCAGAAAGCCGCGCUCUUGACAACUCAUUCUUGUCCAACCAGGAAACACCGUUGUCCGACAAGUUGACCGCCCCACAGCACUGGUUGCGAGCUCACUUCGAGGAGAUCUGUAAGGAGUUGGCUGAAGUGAAUCACAUGAUUCGUGAAAUUCAUCUCAAAGAUGAUGAGACUGCGAUGACCCCCGGCAAGAUGCAGGGUCGCCAAGGUCUACCCAUGGCAGGAUAUCGAAGCAGAACAGUCGAAAUGAGAUCAAAGACGGCAGAGACCAAGAAGGAGAGCGCUGCGGAAAAUCCGCUCAUCAAUUUCUUCCCCAACGUCAUCAAUAAGGGCAAAGGCAAUCUAGAUUCAAUGUUUGGGCAGAUCAAGAAGAUGGUGGAGAUUCCAUUGGAGCCGAACGAGCACAAUCUGUUCGGUCUGCUGGCCCACGAUCGUUCAAGCUCCCAUCGCGACGUCAGACGGCUGAAGGCUGGAGCCAGCGCUCCUUCCAAAGACGUCGAUUCAGCAGUGUUCGUCUUCUCGAGGUCGGCACCUGCAUGGCAAGCGACAGCUGACCCCGCAGCCUCCAGGUGUCAGUUCGUCGAGAUCUUUGGCUGCAUCAAGGAGGUGGAGGCGAUCCAACUUGAGCUUGUUAAGCUGAUGGAUCAGUUCAAGAAGCGAGAAGAAGUCAUCGUCUCGCUCGAGGCUGCCCUAGAGGCUUCUUUGGGAAGAGAAUCUGUGCUGGAAGAGCUGCAGGCCUCCACCCACCAGUCUCUCUCAGGGAUGAAUGACCAAGUGACAACCAUCUUCAGCACCCUUGCAGGAGUGGAGUUGAAGAGCAAGCAGUGCAAGGCCCUGGACGACCUCACCAAGGAGCAGACGCGACACGAGCAGAUCAGAGUCCAGCUGAAUGCAACUCAAGCUGAUCUGAGAUUCUACGAGAGCACUCUUGAGGAUGUGAAGCACAAACUGCUCAGUGGGCAGACGAGAGAAUCGGAGCUCAUCCGAGAGCAGGCCUUGACGAGGAGGAUCCUGAGCGGGAACGUGGAGGAGAAGUCGCAUCUGGAGCAAUCGCUCGACUCGAUGAGGAGGCAGAACUCCAUCCUUUACGACACUCUCAAAGCAGUGGAAGAAAGGGAACGAUUUGCUGAGGCCGAGAAGAGGAGAGCAGGUAGUCAGCUGAGAUGA